GAGUGCAUGUUUCUUAAAUUGCAUGUCUUAAGCGGACAUAUUUUCUGAAUACACUUAAAAUAAAUUCAUUCAUUAAAGCUGAAACAAAAUCGCGUCAUACUCUACGCAACACAAUUAAUUGCAAUUGCUGUCAUUCAAACUGUCGAAGCAUUCAACAAGAUGAAGGAGGACCAUUACAAACAGAUAUCACUCAACCGCUUAUGCAGUGGUAGGACUGAGUAACAAAUAUCACAAUAUAGGCGGCAAGCCAGCCUCUUCCACUUUCCAGUGGGAAUGCUUACAAUCCAGAAAUGGAAAGAAUUAGAAUUCCAAACAAGUAUGGGGAGAUGUUAGUAGGAAUUUUGGAUCAUACUGGAUCGAAACAACUUGUUAUCCUUUGUCAUGGACUUCAUUCAUCUAAGGAUGAUAACAUUUUGGUAAAUUUGGCAUCUGCAAUAGCAAAUAAAGGACUCAGUGUGUGCCGCUUUGACUUUGCUGGGAACGGGGAGAGUGAAGGCCAGUUUUUAUAUGGAAAUUAUUGGAAGGAGGCUGAAGAUUUGCGAUCUGUAAUUUUAUAUUUUAGAUGGAAGGAGUUCAAAGUAAACACUAUCAUUGGGCACAGCAAAGGUGGCAAUGCAGUGUUGCUUUAUGCUUCCAAGUACAAAGAUAUUGAAACUGUAAUCAAUAUUAGUGCACGAUAUGCAUUAGAUAGAGGUAUAAAGGGUCGCCUGGGUAAAGAUUAUGAAGAUAGGCUUAAGCAAUAUGAAUUUAUCGAUGUCAAGGAUAGAUCUGGGAAUGUGUUAUAUCGUGUGACAAAAGAGAGUUUGAUGGAUCGACUUCUUACUGAUAUGAAAGCAGCAGCUCUUUCUAUUGAUAAAGAUUGCAGAGUACUGACUAUCCAUGGUUCGAAGGAUGAACUCAUUCCUGUAACUGAUGCCUUUGAAUUCGAUAAGCUUAUUCCCAAUCACUGUCUUCAUGUUUUAGAUGGAGCUGAUCAUUAUUAUAUUCGACAUCUGAAUGAACUGGUAUCUAUUGUCCUAAACUUCAUAAAGGAUUCAUGGGAGAAGCCCAAAGACAAAAUAGAUUUGGCAGUACCUUGUUCAAGAAGAGCGGGCGCUUUUUCUUCUAGAUUGUGAUCUGUCCUUGGUAUUGUAAAUAAAGAGGACGGAGAUCAUAGAUGUUAGAGUAGCCAAUAAAUUAUCUGUUCCCUGACAUUCAUGAUACGUACAUAUCUAUUAUUAGGUGAUAUUCAGAUUCUGUUUAUUUAACAACAUAACACCAUCUAAUUCUUUGAACUUGUUUAGACUUUUAGUUAGACUUGUGCAUUUGGUAAAAGUAAUUGCUUCCAUUUGAUAUGUUUCCUUCUUAUCACUCUUGAGUUGAUUCCUGUAUAGGGUUGAUGUGGUGUUGAGGAAGUUAUCAAGAAAAAUGUAGAGAAGGAGAAAUGCAUGUCAAGUAUCAAAGCAAGACCUUUGCCGGUGGCAACUAGAAGAAGCUCUAACUCUAAAAUGUAAAUUUAUGAAAAUAAGGCAAUAUUUUAAUUUAUUUGGAUGUUGUACACCUGGAAUGAAGUAAGUUGGACAUCCUUUGAGGUGUAUAGAAGUUUGGAGACAAACAAACUUAGUACAUAGUGGAUCAUAUGAUACUCGUGAGUAAGUUGUAAAUUCUAGGAUUGCAGAGAAUGUAAAUUCUCUACCAUAGCUGGUAGUAUUCAAAUGAGAAUCAUUUCAUUGAAACUUAAGGUUGCCUAUUUCUCUGUACACACCAUCUUAGAUAGAGAGAUACUCUCUAUGCUUUUUUAUAUCUAUUUGAACAUGCAGAGAGUUAUUAUCACACGUUUACAAUUCAAAAAAAAUCCAUUAUUGCCUUCUAUUUA